AUGCACCGCUCCACCCGCCAUAACAAUGGCCGAGUACAUUGCUGCGCGGCACGACACUUCAAGGAUAACCCUCGUCUACCGCUGAAGAUGUAUGCUAUGCUCGAUUGGAGACGCAAACGCGCCCAGCCUCGACUCAAGACGAGAGCUCUGUCGUCCUGCCGAACCCCACCAACGGCGAGAAGCCUCGCGGAGCGGGGACGCGAAAGUGUAUACGGCGUCUCGUGGCCUCGAAGCAUUUAUUGCUCGCCUGUGUCUGUCGGACGAUGCAAAUUGGAGGCAACUUCAGAACCGUCGAAAUUUUGGAUGCUGUGGUUGCUAGAUGGUCCCUGA